AAAGCUAGAAAGGUUAUCAUCAGAGCCAAACGCUUUUUUAACUUAACUCAUUAGUUAGGGGGCAUUUAUUUGACACAUUAUGAGGAGAUAUUGAGCAUGAAAAUGAGAGAGAAGUAGAAAUAUAUCCCUCUCUUUCAUAUAAACUUCUGUCGAGGGACUACUUUUUUUUACCUGAGGGGAAAUCAAUGCUGAGGUUGUAUAUCUGAGAGAUGGGCUCUGAAAACCCAGAAGACUUUGGACCAGCUGUGACCCUCACUGAGGAAGAUCAGCAAGAAAUUGGAGGCCUGAUCAACUCCGAUGGAGAAGAAGUGGAAUACUCAGAUCUCAGAGAGAAUGACCUCCCUAGCACUGAACCUGCAGAGUCUCCCUCCAAGACAUUCGAUCAAAGCGAGAAUGAAAAACUGUCGUCCCUUCACAGCUGCUCAGUUUGUGGGAAAGACUUCCCGUACGCCUCUAAGCUUCAGCGACACCUACGCACUCACUCAGGCGAGCGGCCCUUCCCCUGCUCCAUGUGUGAGAAGAGGUUCCCAGAGAAGGGCUUGCUAAUGAUCCAUGAACGGGUCCAUACCGGGGAAAAGCCCUUCCCAUGCACUUUCUGCGAGAAGAGAUUUGCCAGUCAGGGUGAGCUCAGGCUGCACCGGCGGACGCACACAGGCGAGCGGCCGUAUCACUGCUCCAUCUGCCUGAAGAGCUUCUCCCGACACUGGCAUCUGAAAACGCACUUAGAGGCGAUGCACUCGGAGGUUGUAGCGGGCUUCGUGAGGAAGAAGUUCCCGUGUUCGGACUGCGAUAAGAGCUGUAACUCGGCCGCCGAGCUGAGAGAUCAUCAGAGGACUCACACCGGAGAGAGGCCCUACCAGUGCUCUUUCUGCGACAAAAGGUUUGCCUUGUCGGGAACAUUAGUGAGACACGAGCGUCUGCACACCGGCAUCACGCCCUACCACUGCUCCGACUGCGGGAAGACGUUCGCACAGCAGUGGACUCUGACCACACACAUGCGGACUCACACGGGGGAAAAACCCUACAGCUGCACACAGUGUGAUAAGUCCUUCGUGGCUCCUGGAGAGCUCCGCAGGCACACCAGGAUCCACACGGGAGAAAAGCCGUACACCUGCAAGGACUGCGGGAGGCACUUCUCCCUGGCAGGAACGCUCAGAAACCACAGAAGAUCGUGCACACUGAACAAGGAUGUGUCAGUAACUGUGGACGUCUCAGAGCCAGUUCAAGGUGUAGAUGGAGAAGCAUCCCAGCAAGAAUCGCCCAGCAACACCAGCCCUGAGGUAGAGGUGGCUGACAGUCAGAGUUCGCCCAGUGCAGGUGAGCCGCGCGCCUCAGAGGAUCUAACCUGUGACAAAGCAGCUCCUCGUGAAACUAAACUGCGAGAACCAGAAGACCGACCAGAGGACAGGUCCGCUAGUCCGCAUAUGAAUGUAAUAGUGAAGGAGGAGGAAGAGGAGGAACCUUUGUGUGAAGAAGCUCCUGAGCAGCUUUCUAGCAGUGAGGAUUGCACCAUGCAGGAGGAAACUGAGGAGCAGCGUCCGGAAACCAACGCUGAAAUUAGGAUAACAGUAAAGGAGGAAGCAGAGGAACUUGUUAACAUGUCUGGAGAGGAUCCUGAACAUGACUCAGACAGCGGUGGGGAAAGUCCUCCUGGCUCCCCGGGGCAGGAACAGGGUGACGAUCUGACGAAGAGCUCGUUCUGCUGCGGGCUCUGCGGCAGAGACUGUUACAAGAUGUCCGCUCUCCAGAUCCACAUGCGCAUUCACUCUGGAGAGAAACCUUACCAAUGCUCUCUGUGUGGGAAGCAGUUCACCCAGAAAGGUCAGCUCAAAGGUCACCUGAAGGUCCACACGGGAGAGAAACCGUUCUCCUGCCCCGACUGCGGGAAGAGCUUCGCCCACUCGGGAGCGAUGAACCGCCACCGGCUCACACACACCGGGGAGCGGCCGUACCACUGCUCCGUCUGCGAGCGCAGCUUCAACCAGUCGGGACGCCUGAGGGAACACGAGAAGAUCCACUUUGGGGAGAAGUUUGACUGUCCCCAGUGUGAAAAGAGUUUCACGAGAGCGUCGAGCCUCAAGAACCAUUUCAGGCUCCACACGGGGGAGCGGCCGUACGGCUGCGACGUCUGCGGGAGAGGAUUCAGCCGCUCGCAAAGCCUCCGCCUCCACAAGCGCAAACACCAGCAGACACACACCGAGGAGGACUCUGCGUUCAGUGGGAAGAACGAGGACUUAUCACAGAGUGACGACAACUCCCCAAUUAAUAUGUGUUUAGCGGACAAAAAUGACUGAUAAUGUAUUUAUAUAAACCAUAGAGAUAUGUACCAGUAGUAGUGUGAUUAUACAACGAUUUAAGGCAGGGAAACAUGAGCGGAAAGAAGGGAAAGUAAGUUGAACUUUCACAUAAAAAGCUAAAAUAUUUAACUCCAACACACACUUGUCAGGUGGUGUUCAGCAACUAACUACAGACAAACUGACCAAACUAAUAUUUACUACAAACACUUCCGUAGAAAUCUUGGAAACUGUUCAGAUGAUACAUUUUAGUGGACGUAUUUACUCGCUUUUAUCACACUCACCUAUGUUAGUUGCGUCAAAAUAUCACUCCAUUUAGAGUAUUUAUUGUAGUUCAAAAAUCAAAUUUAAGGUCUGUGAUUUCAAAUCUUUCCAUGCAGUACUUGCCAUUCAAAAUAAUGAUGUGUGUGGUAAUUGGAUUAAAGAGUAAUUUUGUUUUUGCAUCAGACGUUACCAAGGCCAAUGAGCAGUCUACGAAUCAGGUGAAACUGGAAUUCGUUCUUUGAUUAUGAGCUACCAAAAUAUAAAAAAAAUGUAAAUGAAGCAGUGAGAUUAUAAUGUUCAUCUGAUUGUUUGCCAAAACCAUUUUUGCCUUAUUGUUGAUUUAUCUGUGUCUCUGUUUAUGCUACUCAACAACCACGUUAUGAGUCAGGUUCACCUGGUUUGGGAAAGUCUUAAGGCCAAGUAAGUAACUAUUGUGAAAAAGAGAGUCAUCCUAUAAGGCUGUGAAACAGAAGGGUAUAACUUCAAACCAUGUCGAUGGUAAAUGUUGCCCGGUGCUGCCUCUGUCUAACUGUAUUGGACAUGUUAUACUGAAGAAUAAAAGUACUAA